AUGGAUUCGAAAAGCAUCUCCAAUCCUGAUCAAAAUAAGAUAAAUAAAAACGAUACGGCCAAUGCUGAAAUAAGGACUGGGGCGAACGAAGGCCCACAACGAUCAGAAAAAUUGAAUAAUUCAUUAGAAUCAACUGAAUCAAGAGAUGCAGACAAAUCAAAAGGUUUAACCAUUCCUCCUACAGGAACCCAAACAAUUAUUUCAUCACUUCAUACUGCUAUUUUGAAGGAACUAGGUAUUGAAGAUCCAUCAAAAUUGGGGCCAAUUGAAUCUGGAAUAUUCGAUAAAUACUUUCAAAUACGUCAAAUAAGAGAACAGAAAAAAUUGGAGGAAUUAAGACAAUCAAAUAUUGAUAGAUUACAUUCUGUCAUCAAAGAGAUAAAUGACAAUGAAAAAUUUACUGAGGAAACCAUAUCAGUUAUAUUAGGCUUUGUGACUAAUUCAAAAAAUGAAACCUCGUCUUUGAAAAGAAAAAGCCCUGAUUUAAAUCAAUAUGCUAGUCCUAGAAGUCACAAACGAUAUAAAUCUGAAAUUUCGUCGAUUAAAGAAAUGGACGUCUUACAAUCUACAUAUCCUACAACUGAAUCUAAUACACCAAUUAAUAAUGCCGGUCAUCGGGUACAAUUUUCACAGGAAUCUCAACAACGCCCUCCAAUGCAUCCUGUCCAAUACAAUCAACCACAACCACAACCACAACCACAACCACAACCACAACCGUAUUUUGCUAAUGGUCAGUGGUAUGUACCACAAAUUCAAGGUUCGGUACAGUAUCCAUUUCAACCUAGUAUGCAAGGAAGUCUGAGAAGUCAGCAUUCCCGCGGUGAUAUUGAUGAUAGAAGAAAUCCAAACCCUCAAAAUGAAAACAUUAAUGUUAAUCCAAGCUACUCCAGGGUACCAAUGCAAUAUCAUCCGACAUAUUUUUCUCCAAAUAUAAGGCAACCUGUUAUGGUCAUUCCGCAAUCACAAAAUGGGCCACAGGAAGGUUCAUUUAAUCAGUAUGAAAGACAACAAAAUAUAUAUGACGGUAGACCUGUGGGUCACCGAAGAUCACAGAGUGCUUCUGUUAUGAUACCCCAACUAUCGGGGUCACCUCAAAGAGGACCUUCUACGAAUAUGCCAGCAAAACCAGUAAAUUUUUUGAUUCAUACCCCAAAGCAUCCUCCUCCAACUUAA